UUAUUUUACCAGAUCGCUGACCUGAACUCUCAAGUCAACGACCUCAGAGGCAAAUUCGUCAAACCCACACUCAAGAAGGUGUCCAAAUACGAGAACAAAUUCGCCAAGCUCCAGAAGAAGGCCGCCGAAUUCAACUUCCGUAACCAAUUGAAGGUUGUCAAAAAGAAGGAAUUCACCCUUGAAGAAGAAGACAAAGAGGGUGGCGGUGGAGGCAAGAAAAAGCCAGACUGGUCCAAGGGCAAGCCGGGAGAUCAGAAGGUAAAAGAGGAAGAGGUUGAGGCAUGAACUGUUUACCCCCACCAUAAACUAUAAGACCUUAUUCUAACUGACAAUUAUGUCAAUGUCAAUAACUAUGUGAUAUACCUACCCCAUGUGCCUAUCCAGGAUCUAUGGGAACCUAUGUCAUCCUGUAGGUAGAACAGCCAUUUAGAUCCUCCAUAAACGUAAUGUCU